GUGACGAGAUCAUUAAACAGGCAGAAUUAUGUUUACAAAGUGGACAUUAUUCCACUGCUUUAGAUCUGAUUGCUGGGGCAUCUUCUAAUUUGAAUGUACCCAUCAGUUUGAAAAUAAUCAAAGGUAAAGCGUUAUUGGAACUAAAUGAGUAUCAAGAAGCACGAAAGAUAGCAAUUGAUAUAUUGCGUGAUGAUCCGCGAAAUCCAGAUGCACAUGUUUUAAGAGCCCAUACGUUUUAUGUAGAAGGAGAUAAUCAAGAGGCCGCCGCUCAUUGCUUGGAAGCAUUGCGUUAUGAUCCCACUCAUUCAAAAGCAAAUACUUUAUUAGAGAAAGUGCAGUUAAUCGAGUCACGAAUAAAUGCUGGUGACGAAGCUUUCAAAAAGAAAGAUUAUAUGACAGCAUAUGAGAUUUAUACUCAUGCACUUACGAUUGAUCCAGAAAACAAACCCACAAAUUUCAAACUCUACUUGAAACGGUCUGACGUUUUAGAAAAACUGAGCAAUCUUUCAGAAUCGAUAAAAGACAUGGAUAAAGCAUUAGAGUUAAAUCCCAUGGUUGUCAAGAUUUUAAAACGACGAGCUGAUAGAUAUAUGAUGUUAAAAAAUAAUAGUGAAGCUAUACAUGAUCUAAAUGCAGCUUUAAGAAUCGAUAGUACCGACCAAGAAGUUCGUGGGAAAUUGGAUAAUGAAAAGCAAGAACAAACUAAUCAUGAAAUUGGACGCGAAUUCGAAAAAAAAAUUGCAAGAGAAUUGGAUAAUAAUAAGAUUUUAUCGAAUAUUAGCCAAAUGAGAUCGUUGGAUAAAGAAACUAUUGCCAAGACGUGUAAUGCUAUUGAAAGAUUUGAAGGAUGCUAUGGUUUUAUUGUUUAUGAUAGUAAGAAACUAACUCAACCUUUUGCUCAUGAAACAAAAGCAUAUGCAGAAUAUCAUCAAUCAAUUUGCCCACGAUUCAACAUUGUUUCAGAUCUUGAAAUUGUUCAACGUAUUAAAGCAAACUAUAGAUCAAGACAUUUGAUAUGA